AUGGAUUACUAUACAGGCUUUGGCAACGCCAACUUCCAAGAGCAAACCUCUCCUGAAAAGAGUCAGCAGUCCUCUAACGACGCUGUGAACUCGUCCUAUGUUCCUACAGCUACCGAGGGCUUCUCAUCACCAAGUUCUUCCGCGCAUGCAGCUAGCAACGCAGCAUCGAUCUCGUCUAAUCAAGCGCCACCUCCACGCAUCAGAAGGAGGAAUCGCAUGAUAACAAGUUGUCUAGAAUGCCGUCGCCGAAAGCUGAAAUGCGACAAGUCCCACCCGUGUACCAAUUGCACCAAGUUCAGGAGGGAUUGUGUCUUCCUAGCGCCUGCGCUCGACCAAGCGAGUCAGCUCAAACUCAACGAGAUCAAAGAGAAAGUUGGCUCACUAGAAAGGCUGCUGGAACGAGAUGUCGCAAAGAACCCUCAGAACUCAACGACUAUGCCAAGUCAGGAUAGAGCGUUGCCUGAUGAUACGGAUGACGACUUGCCUGCGAAGGAGGAUGAGAAAGACUUGGAGGUCACUCCUCUUGCUGUAGUUGAUGCUGCCUAUGAGGUAGAUUGCGAAGAUGACGAUCUCUUGGACCUGGGAAUCCAAAUGGGGAAGAUGAGAAUUACCGAGCGCAUUGGAGGCUUCUUUCGUCCAAAGAUCAGUGAAGAGCUGGAAUUUACGAUGUCGGAAACGUUUAUGACCGGUGAUAAGAAUGGAGACGAAGAAAAAGUACUUUCAAAGCCCGAGGUUACAUCACCACCCCCUGCCACAGAAUGGCUGAAGCCAGGGCCCGCUUACAUUCUACCAACGUCUGGCUUCUUCUUUGGGGGCACUGGGUCACAAGCUUCACUGGUCGACUUUCUCCCAUCUCGACUUGCCGCGGACAAACUCAUUAGGCAGUAUUUUGCCUGUGUGCAUCCAAUCUGUCAAAUUUUGCAUCGACCUACGUUUGAGAGAAAAUGGGAAGCCUUCUGGAAAGAGGUGACCCUUGGCAUUGAGCCGCCAAGCUCAGUGCAGACAAUUGUGUUUGCAGCCAUGUUCUCAGGCGUUGUCAGUAUGGAUGAUUCUGAGAUCAUGCGGGGGUUUGGUGUCUCUAAGGCCAGUCUGAUAGAAAACUUUAAGCUGGGUACCGAAACCGCCCUGGCAAGAGCCAAUUUCCUUAGAACGACCAAGAUAGAAACUCUCCAGGCGUUUGUGAUGUAUCUGAUACCCCUUUGUCGAGCAGAAAUGUCCCGAGCGCACUCCGUCCUACUAGGUGCUGCAAUUAGAAUGGCGGAAUGCAUGGGACUCCACCGCGACGGACAAACGUACGGCAUGAACCCUCUGGAAACCCAUGUCCGCCGGCUGGUCUGGCACCAGUUGUGCUUCCUCGAUAUCCGUACCUGCGAAGCUCAGGGCCCGAGACCGACAAUUCGCCGCGACGAGUUUGAUACCAAGCUGCCCCUGAAUGUGAACGAUGCCGAUCUUCAUUGCACUGGGAAUGCACCCGUAGGCGCCGAUCAGUGGACUGACGUCACUUUUUCCUUGAUACGAUUCGAAAUCAAUGAAAUGAUCCGAACCAUCUGGAUCGAUAGACCCCGAAUCGAGCGCCGGAAGAUUAGUCUGACGGCAGUGCUCAGCAAGAUCGAGACUUUCCGUUCGAACAUGGCAGCAAGAUACGAUCAUCUGAUCGAUGAGAGAAUACCACUUCAGAAGUGUGCAAAAAUUGUCAAGGCCCUACUUAUGUCUCGGCUGCAAAUCAUGGUCCUUCAUCGCUAUCACAGCUCCAUUGUAACUCCAAUGCCAGAUCGGCUGAGGAAGAUAAUGCUCUCCGCAGGUACAACCACACUGGAGACAGCCAUUGCUUUGGAGACUAUCCCAGAAUUAAAGCCUUGGUCCUGGUAUGUUGGUGCUUACCAGCAAUAUCACACUGCUUUCCUUCUGCUCAUGGAAGUAUAUGUCUAUCCUGAGAGGAAAGAGGUAGAUCGAAUCUGGGCUUGCCUAGACUACGUUUUUGAGACAGACGCAAGCCAGCCCCGGGGCUCCAAGGGUAAGAAGAUCUUGCAAGAGCUGCAGCAGAAGACAGCCGUUUACCAAAGCAUGCGCGGCAUGCGGGCGCCCAUAGUAAUGGAGAAGCACGUUGGACAGCGCGAACCACGGGUCGCCGACAGGCUGAAGGCCGCGCUACCAGAACAGCAGAAACAGCAACAGCAGCAGCAGGUUGAUCCCGAGCCGCUGCUGUAUGAGCAGACUGCACUGCCAGCUUCAGCAUCUGGUAUGAUGCCGACGGUAGGCAAGGUACCCUUUGCUAUGGCACGAGACAUCCAGUUCGCAGGCGUGAGCGACGGACAGAGUCUCUGGGCGUUGCCGAAUAGCCAGUCGAGUCCGGAAGCGAGUAGUGACACGGCGAGCUUGCCAGGUCAGAUGGCUGGGAACGCCCUACCGGCUGGCGCGCUUCAAGACGACCUGAUGGCUGAUAUUGACUGGGAUGCUUUCGACGCUCUGUUUCCCCCAGGACAGCAGGGUGAACCUGAAAUAAUCGGGUUCUCGUUCCCAGGGGCUCAGGGUGUUUACUGA